AUGGAAUAUAAUAAGGUGUCGCCAUUCAUGGAUGACCCAUCCUACUGGAAUCAGACGCUAAACAAUAAUAAUUAUUUGGGAGAGGGGAUGAGAUUAGAAUUAAAUCAAGAAAAUGUUAAUAUUUUAAAUAGCGCACAAUACCCUUCUUCGAAUGAAGAUAUGCUAGAUGAUGGAGAUAUUUCCAUGCCAUAUAAAUAUGCUGCUAACGAGUCAAUAAGUUCGAGCUCGUCUCCAAGUGGGGUGUUGAAUUCAAAUCUAAAUACCAAGUCUAACGGUAUAUUCUCUCCUGUAUCAGUUUCGGAGGAUAAGAAGAAACCGAAGUCCAAAAAACAGCUUUUGAACGAACAAGAUGCGAUACUAAUUGCCAAAGACGAUUCGGAGUUAAAUGAAGAGGAACUUCAAAUGAAAAGAAAGGCCCAAAAUAGGGCAGCACAGAGAGCUUUCCGCGAGCGGAAAGAAACAAAAUUAAAGGAACUAGAGUGCAAGUUGGCAGAGUCUGAAGCAGAAAAACGUCGUCUAUUAAGCCAAUUGGACUUGAUGAAGCAACAAAAUGUGUCGAUUCUGACAGAAAACGAAUUUUUGAAGAACAAAUCUUCUUCGGACCAAAAUCUUUCCAAUAAGGCUGAGGAUACUAACGUUAUAUUCCCUAAGAACCAAAAGGAGUUUAUAUAUGGAUUGGCUGGAACGCACGAGGUCAAUACUGACACCAUAAACAAGGUUUACGAUAAUCCGGAAAGACCAGGUACCAAGCUAUUGGCCGUCGGUGCUGUGUGGGAUUACUUACAGUUGAAAUCACAAGAAAAUGAGAAAUAUGAAAAUUUGGAUAUACUAGAGAUAAUGAGCUGUCUAAAGGGAAAUGAAAGAUGCCAUGGCUAUGGUCCUGCUUACCCUUUAGAAUUGGUUGAACAGAUUAUUGACCAAUGUUCGGUAUUGCAAUAA